AUGGAUUCAAAACAUGAUUUAAAUAAUGAUAGGGUUCCAGUAUUGGUUUUUGUUGUUGAAAAUAAUGCUGGUUCUGGAACACCACUUGCUUUUGCAAUAAAAAAAAAUAUUCCAUGUGAUUGGGAUGAUUGUGAACAUAAAUGGAAUUACGUUAAUUUACCAAAUAGAAUGGAAUUUGAAAGAGUAAGAGAAUGUAAUUCUUUUAAUUGGAAUCCUUUCAUUAUGACUGAUAAACACAGGCCAUCUAAAAUUGCUGUAACAAAUAUUUUACGUGGAACUAUACUGUGUUGGUUUCAUAUAAUGCAAACAAUUGGAGAAAAUUUUAAUCAAUGGAAUAUUCCAUGGUCAUUACGAUAUCCUUUAGCAUUAGCAUUUAAAAUUAUUGGCCGAAGUAGAACUGAAAAUAAAUCCAAGGAGCUUGGUUUACUUUAUCAGAAUUUUGUUAACUCACUAAAAUUACCAAAUAAUAUCAAACAAAAAUUAAUAGCUGAUUUAAACCAAAAUUGGUUAUGUGAUGAAUGGAGAUUAUCUUUUAUUAAUGCUGGACGUAUUUUACAAAAUUUUGAAUGCAUAAUGACUACAAAUAAUUUUACAGAAAGAUUAAAUCGAACAAUAGAAGCAAAUUAUAGUGGAAUUCAAACAGUUGUACAUUUUGUUGAACGAUUAUAUGGAGUGAAAUUAAAGCGAGAAAAUAUAACUGAAAAUACAGGACAAAUGCAAUUUGAAGCAGGCUUAGCAACACUGUUUGAUAUGAAAUCAGUUGAAGAAGAAAAUUGUCCAAAAAAAUUAUCAUCUGAUAAGUUUCGAAGACUUAAUCACGGAAGGCUUUAUUUUUUGCUGGAGUUUGUUGAACCUUCAAAUCAUUCAGAUUAUUUUUAUGUUCGAAAGUCUGAUAAUUCCCAAAUAUUUGAAUCACCAUAUAAUGGAAAAUAUGUUGAGUUAAAUAAGGGAGCAAUAGACAGUUUAAAACCUUUAUUUAAAAAAUUAGAACAAAAACAUUUGGAUAAAGCUCUGUGUAGAAAGGGAUAUUAUUUGACAAAUAUUUUGACAGGUGAAUGUAUGGUUUGUUACGAUUAUAUCUGGAAUGGGCCUUUUCAGGAUGUUUGCAAACAUGUUCAUGCAGCACGCCUUUUUCAUGAAGCAAAUCUACAUUUAAACAAGGAAUUAUUUGUUAGACAAACAAAAGAAAAAUUUGUCACUUAUUUUAAAAGUAAAGAAAAAGUGGUUGCUGCUGAAAACAAAAAUAGAUUAAUUUACGAAGAAGACACUGAUAUAGCAUAUAAUGAAAUAAUCAGACUUUAUUAUUUACAAGGAGGAUCAGUCUUUUUACCAAGGAAUAACAUUUCUGAACGCAAUUCAGAUCCUUUUAAACCACCAGAAUUGAGUAAACGUGAUACUUCUAAUAAAGGGGUUCCACCAAAAGUUAUGGCAAAACUGCGUAAACCAUCACGAAUUCUUCAAACCCUUCAAUCAAAUUCUAAUAAUGAACCCGACUCAUCUGCUUCAGAAAAAAGAAACACUAAAAGAAUAAGAAAAAAUAUCUGA